UUUCUUUAAGAACGUUGCUCAUUAACUUUAAGUUUAUUAUCAUAAGACUUUUGCUGCUACUAUGAAUCGUAAUAAAAGGAGAUCAAGAAGCAACCGCAAAGACCAUAACAACAAAUCAGCAACAGUAAUUCAGCCGCUUCCUUAUGGGCAGUACAACCGGCUUGUCGUACCUGAAACUGCUUACAACAACGAACAGAGUUCUAUCGGCAGCUAUGGAAUGUGCUAUGUGAGCGAACAGCAGCAGAAGGAGAUGAUAGGCGAGGAGCUGUACUACUAUGUUUACCAGUGGUAUCCAGAGCGAGCGGGUAAACUGACCGGCAUGCUACUUGAGAUGGAUGUUCAAAGUCUGCUGCAAAUGCUAGCAGACGGAAAUUUUAUGCGAGCUAUGGUCGAAAAAGCUCUCCAGGCGCUGAUGGAACACUACGCAAAGCAAAAAAACGGCAGGACCCACCAGUGAAGCGGCGGACUUGUAAACGGGAUAUAUUUGUAUAGACUGCGUUUAUUAUAUUGUUUUUAUAUUGCAUUUUACGUCUUAUUUAUCUUUACUUUUAAGACUUAAUCUAGUGUACUAAGUUGAAAGGAUGACUGUACAAAAACUUGCAUGUAAUAAAGUUUUCUCGUAACUUGUAAA